CCCGACUCUGCACAGUCCAUCAAAGUUGGACUGUGAAUGAAUGCAUAUACCCGCCCUGCCAAUUUCGUAUUGCAUUCCGGCCGCCCAGCUGGCCCCCUACCUCAUCUCCCCCGUACCUUACGUAUCUUAGUCCCUAGAUGCGCCUAGGUAUUCCAUGCUGGACCCACCAUAGCUCGACAUUACCACCACUCCUUUGGCCCGCACAUCUCGAACCUCCGUUGCAUCCAUCCCCAAAUCGCCAGCAAAGUUAACCCCCGUUGGCUGAUCUUCCUUUCACAACCACGGAAUUGUGGGCAUGACGCGCACCCGGUCCUGAUAUCCGCAGCGGCCGCGACGCCCGGAUUACUUUAAAUUCGGUCCUGGUCCACACCUCGAAAACCCCCCUGCUCAUACGCAAGCCGCCCGCACUGCCCUUGGCAGCGCAAGCAGCCUGCAGUACGGAGUGCUGCGCCGGCCCCUUCAAAUGGCCCAUACGCCGGCCUCAACGACUCCGUCGCGUAGUUCCCCGUCCUCACACCUUCAUCCUUCCCCCUCGCUGUACGACCGCGACUUCGACGACGAUUAUUCGGGCGGCCAAUCGACACCGAUCAGGACGCCCUCUAGAUCUUCCAGCAACAACACCGACGGCGACGACAAGGGCGGCAACGAGCUCAAUGACGACGUCGACUUUCCCUUUGCAAUCCGCAAACCCCUAGAAGUGCAUCGCGAAAGGGACACGAAGCUUCCCGGUCUUGGCAAUUUCGCCCGACACCAUACGGACAGAUUCAGAAGCGGCGAGAGGGACGACACCGACGACUACCCCGAAGACGACGACGCUCUCGUGUUAGAGCAAGAUCCAGCAGGGAUGUCUAGCUGGGCGGGACAGCCCUCCAUCAGAGGGAGCUCGGAGGCCAUGCGAAUGGUGCUCUUGGCCUUUAAUACCCUUGGUAUCACCUUCACGUGGGGAAUUGAGAUGACAUAUUGUACACCAUACCUAUUGAACCUCGGCCUCACAAAGAGCAACACCUCGCUGGUAUGGAUCGCAGGACCGUUAUCGGGGCUCGUGGUUCAGCCCAUUGUAGGAGCCAUCGCGGACGAAUCCAAGUCGAAAUGGGGCAGGCGGCGACCAUUCAUCGUGGUUGGGUCAAUUAUCGUUGCAAUUAGCCUGCUGACCUUGGGAUUCACGAAAGAGAUUGUCGAGAUCUUCGUUUCGGACAAGGAGACGGCGCGAAUCUUCACAAUCAUCCUGGCGGUGUUGGCCAUCUACUUUGUGGAUUUCGCCAUCAAUGCUGUAAUGUCUUGCGCACGAAGCCUGAUCGUCGACACCCUCCCUAUUGAGAAGCAACAGACUGGCGCCGCUUGGUCUAGCAGAAUGUCAGCGAUUGGACACAUGCUGGGCUAUGGAGCCGGUGCCAUCGACCUAGUCGGCAUAUUUGGAAAGGCAAUGGGUGACUCGCAAUUCAAGCAGCUCACGCUCAUCGCCACUUUCUUGAUGCUCUUCUCUUCCGGCGUGACCUGCUGGGCCGUUAACGAGCGGGUCUUGGUGUCGACAAGACACGACCCCCGCAAAGCCACCGGGCGGUUCAAGGUCUUCCGCCAGAUUUGGUCAACGCUGCUUCAUCUUCCCCCUCGAAUCCAGGCGAUUUGCUGGGCCCAGUUCUGGUCCUGGAUCGGCUGGUUUCCGUUUUUGUUCUACAGCACCACCUGGGUUGGCGAGACGUACUUCCGAUACGACGCUCCGGCAGAGGGUAAAGACUCCAAAGAUGCCCUGGGCGACAUUGGCCGCAUCGGCAGUUUGGCGCUGGUCAUAUACUCGACCAUUACCUUCAUAGGCGCCUGGCUCCUACCCAUGGUGGUCAAAUCACCAGACGAUGACAACUUCACGGCUCGACCGCCCCAAGCCAUUGCGCCAUUCCUAGAACGUUUCAACAAGAACAAGCCCGAUCUCAUGACCGCCUGGAUAUGCGGCCACCUCAUGUUCGCUGCGGCCAUGUGCCUGGCCCCCUUUGCGCAAAGCUUCCGCUUCGCAACCUUCCUCGUCGCCUCCUGCGGCUUGUCUUGGACAAUCGCCAUGUGGGCGCCGACGACCUUCCUCGGCGUAGAGGUAAACAAGCUCAGUGGUGCUCGCGAAGGAGGCGGCAGCGGGACGGCAGCCUACCGCCGCCUAUCAAACGACUCCAAUAUUGAGCUGCCCACGCUCGGCCAGGACCAACCACUCCACCUGGAACAUGGCCCGGACGAUGGUGGCCAGCAGACCACGUCGUCUACAGGCGAGUUGUCGGGCAUCUACUUUGGCAUACUCAACAUCUACACCACUCUGCCACAAUUCAUCGGAACCUUCAUAAGCACCAUUGUCUUCACAAUACUAGAGCCGGGCAAGAGUCCUGAGCUUUCAGACGCACCCGAACACGAGCAGCACAACACCGAUGGACCCAACGCUAUUGCAGUGUGUCUCUUUAUCGGUGCCAUAUGCGCAGUGGUGGCCGCGUUCGCGACGCGAAAGCUCAAGUAUCUCUGAGCCUGAUGUACGAGUCGGUAAAGAAGAAAUAGCACGCGUUUCGUUAUUGUACGGGCAAGGGUAGCGUAGGGGAUAUGGGAUGGCGUUACGGAAAGGGGAGAGACCAUGUUCUCUCGCAUUAGAUCAUGUGUGGGAUAAAGCGUAUAGGGCUUUCGUUUCAUUUAAGGAAUCUCGAGGGCAUGGCACAUGUCGAGGCUGCCGGCUUUUACUAGACGUAAGGGAGCUAUGUUGCUGCACUGCCGCCAGUGAAUACACUCGGGGUCAUGGAUGAAUGAGAAUAUGGGUGGUGUGAAUCGCUGUUUUCUUAAGUAUUUGUACGUGGAGCUGCUCGCGAUGGAGCACGCUGCCAAAGCCCUAUGUACAAGUCCGGUCCGUACAGUGAGCGCAUGUGUCGACGCUUGCUCAAGGGUAUCUCAAAUCUCUCGUCGCGCGGAUGCGUGCCGAACAUCUGUCUCUCUCCCCCCCCCCCCCCC